AUGACAGAGCCUCGGAAUUGUACAACAGAAGUUUCACAGCCUUGCAUUAUAAGUAGCAUUAUCGGAAGCCUGAUGUGUGAGAUCUCACUGCAGCAAGCUGUCCCUUUAAGAGAGCUGCCUCUUCUUGACAUAGGGAUGCUACUGAGGCUCAAAAGACUGGCUGACGAUGUUGGGAAGGCGUACGAAAUGUUCCAAUACAACAAGGCCUUGCACUUAUUACUUCGCUUUGUUUCUGAAGACCUCUCAGCCACUUACAUUGAAAUAGCGAAGGAUAGACUGUACCUUGACCACAGCGGAGGGUACCGCAGGCGUAGCUGCCAGACAGUUCUGGCUAUGUUACUUCUAGUGCUAACACAGCUGUUGGCCCCUCUGACCCCGCAUUUGGCGGAGGAAGUCUUUUUUAGAAUGCCGAAGGCGCUUAAAAGGGCGGUUGUUGCGCAUCGGAGUCGCAAGAUCCGUGAGGUGCUCGGCCGCGCAGGCAGAGGCCUGGCAGAUGUUCUCGGUCUCAGCAAUUCACUUUCUUCUGUUUUCCAAUUGGGUUGGCCGCGAAUGCAUGUCCCAGUGGAUUCUCGCACUGCGGAUAAGGCCAACCAGUUAUGGAGUUUGUUGCUGCUUGUACGUCAAGAUCUGCACUGGUUGUUCACGCGGGCACGGCAACAGCAGAAGGCCAGCUCCGUGGGGGCACCACGAUUAGGCUCCCUCAACGAACUGAAGCUUAGUAUCAUUGUGCCGACGCAAGCGGUUUACACGCAGCUUAAGCAACUGCUGCCACAAAGCAAGCUUUUGAGGGCGUCUCCUUUGUAUGAGCCGUCAACGAGUACGAAGGAGCAACGGCAAGAAGUAGCUGAGCGUCGCUUGCAUGUUGACGAUCUCCGAUGGCUACUGCAGUGCUCCGAUAUGGAAAUUGAAAUUUCUCCGGCUGCAGUGGGACAGCAAACAAACGAGGGACUGGAUCACAAAAAUAUGCUAGCUUCACUGGGAGCAGAUGUAUCAAAGUCGGGUCUGAAGUUUAGGGUCUACAGAGCGGAAGGGCAAAAAUGCCAAAGAUGCUGGAUGAGAGAUUUUACAUCACUCCAUGGACCGUCAGAGAUUCCAGGCAACGUAAGUGCAGUUCAGCAAGCGGGAACAGAAAAAGAAGCAGUUCAAGCUGACACUGCACCUCAGAUUUCUCCAUUCGCCUGCGAGAGAUGCACGGACGUCAUGAGACGAGCCAACAACAAAACGUAA